UCAAUGCGACUCGGCUUAGUACUGCUUCCGGGUUAGGGAGCGGGGUGGGGUAUAUCAACGAACGGUUUUGCGAGAGCGGGAAAGGCAGCCGAAAUGGAGGCGCCGAUGGCUCCUUCUUCUCCUGAUCCUCGUGUGCGGUGUUCCUCGCGCCGCUGGACGGCUGAGUUGCUCGGCCACUGCACGCCUUUUGUACGCAAGCUCGGGGAUGGUCAGUCGGUGGAGGCCGAGAGCUUGGAACAAGCUCUUGGCGAAGCGCUAUGGAAUUUUGAAACAGCUGUUAAAGAGAACAUCACUGUUAAUGGACAACCAUGGCAGGAGUCAUCAGAUGUUCUUCAAAAUGAUACGGAUAGCAAACUCCUUGAAGAUCAGCUUGAUGAGUUAAUAGUUGAGGUGGCUUCCAAACGUAAUCAGUAUCCCAGAAAAAUACAAGUGCAUGUGUUUAAAGCCAUUAAAGCAAAGCAAGAAUUCUUGGGCUGCUAUCAACCUCUUGUGAAUCCUCAAGAGAUGAAAGUAGAACCAUCUCAAGAUUCUCGUAUGGCCGACUUGAAGCUUUCAACAAAAACUGCAUCCAAAAACAUUGGAGAGUCAUUUAAAGCUCUAUCAUCCCUUGUAGAAAAAGCAGAAGGUUUCUCAAAAACACUGUCUAUGCAACCAGCGUUGGAAUUGUGCAAACUCCAUCAAGAAAUCUCUUCUGGCUCAGAGGUGAAAAAGGAGAAUAAAAUUGAAGUGAAAAAUCUUGUGUCACGAGUGGAAAUUACACCCCCAGAAAUUACUACCAGUAAUUCUCUUCUACUGAAAAUAAAGAGACGAUCAUAUUCCCCACAGAAACACUACCCACUUCAAAAAAGAAAACCGAAUCUUGAUACAUGAAAGCUUUUUUGUGUGUGGGACUGCUGUGUAGCCUCUUUUUCCUGUUUGAAUUUGUCCACAUAAACAGAAAACUGCUUGCAAAAGCAUCAAUAGUGAUGUCCUCUGGAAUCCAUACAACCAAACAGAUCUCAUAGUUACGGAGUUUUGUUGUUGGGGCUUCUUGUAUAAUCUAAAUACUUCGUCAAACCAUUUCUUAUUAAAUUUGAGCAUUGUUCUUUGAAACCUGAGGCUGCUGUACCUUUGCUGAUCAACUGAUAGCAAACUGAUCAACAAUGAGGCCUUGAGUUGUUCACAAAGAUUUCAACUUCUGAAUGGUCAAGACUCUGAGGAGUACAGGCAGGGAAGUAUUCCCUAGCACAGCUCAGUUACAACCCAAGCAGAAGACUCCAUGCCAUGUGGUUGUAGAAGCAGUUUUGCAUGCAGCAGCUGUAGCUCUGGCUUCAAAGAAGAAAGUCAAAAAGUCCUGCUGCAAAUACCGAAGCAUUUUGGAGUGCAUAAAAGAGCUGUGUGGAUCACAACAACAGUUUGCAUUUGUGGUGUCAGUAUGACUUCAGUGUAUAGCUUAUUUGUACAGGUUCAUUGUGAACGUUGGAGAAUAGCUUGCAUUUGGAGUGCUAUCUUUAAACUGUGUCCACAAUGCAUAUUGCAGUCUGGCAUUAACAUUUUUAUCUUUUAAGUACCGCCGUCUUUAAUUACAUUGACCCUUCAUUUGUAGCUCAGGGAUACCAGUUUAAGAUUACUAAUCUAUGUAGUAGAUUAAAAUUAAUUAAAUCACACUAUAAAUCUAGAAUCCUCACAAAUUAAUUUCAAGCUAUGCUGUUUUUCUGCCUAUAGAUCUAUAUUGCUGUUCUCACAAAAAGUUAGCAGAUUGCAACUUUUAGGUGUCUUCUAAAAAUUUAUCCAUACAAUUCAUCAUGCUCAGUAGGCAUUUUGUUUUUCUAAAACCAGACUGGAAUGUACUUUGAGUUGCAUCUAUCUGCAGAGCAGAGUGGUACAAGCUGAAACAGAUUGGUUUGUGCUGAAUCUGGCAGCAUAUGUUCAAGGAGAGCUGUAAUGAAGCAAUUUUGAAUUUGGGGCUACUGGAUGUGCAUUGUUUUGGGACUGGCAUUGCCUGCCUCUGCAUGCUUGCUUUGCUACCAAAUGCUUGGUCAAUGUGUACAUUAAUAAAUACACAAAUUACUAUAGAGCUAC